AUGUCAUCAUCCAGGGCUGUGGCGAAGACUUUGGAGCAGGUCGGCAAAGUCAGCCUUCAGCAUGUUCUGACCGCAAACCCGGCGACUGGUCCCGAGUGGUUCCAUGCUCUCGAUACUGCAAAGAAAACUGUGCAAGCUGAUCAUCCUGAUGUCACCUCAUAUGAGAGCGCCGGAGCCAAGGCUCAUCAGUCCCAUAAUUUAGAGGCCCAUUCGAAUGUCCUCAGUGUCAAGUUCUUCGCCGGCGGCCAGAGGGUUGUGUCGGGCCAUGUCCACCUGGGCGGCAACAUAGAUUACGGGAAGAGGCGAUGA